AGUGCUUUUUAUUUUUUAUUUGGGGACAGAGUGUUGCUAAAUCAAUCACCCAGGUUGGUUUCUAAUUUACAGUGCUUUUGUCUUAGCCCCCUAAAGUGCUGGCAUUACAGUCAUGUGUCAUUACACCCUGCUCUGUUGGUGACAGAUUUGACCUUCUGUUUAACCCUGUUUGAGAGGGUAUAAGUAAUUCCUAAAGAUCUGAAUUUCACUCUUUUUUGUGGUCGGAGGAUUGAACCCAUGGCCUCAGCCUCAUGCAUGUUAAGCAAGCACUCCAUUAUUGAAUUACACACGAGCAUAUUUUUCUUUUUUUUUUCCAAAGCUUUUUUUUCUGAUGAGAUUCAUGGGCUAAGUAGAAUCAAAAUAAUAUUUUUUAAGAAUUAUUUUAUUUGUCCAAGGCCAGGGUGUCCCUGCUGGAGCUACCGGUGCCAGCAUGUUCAAGGUACUUCAGAAGUCUGUGGGCCCGGCCAGCCUGAGCUUGCUCACCUUCAGAGUCUACACUGCACCAAAACAAGACUCGCCUCUCAAAAACUCUAUGAAGGUCGAUAAGCUGUCACUCUACUCAGUACCUGAGGGUCAGUCUAAACACAUGGAGGAGCCAAGGACUCAGCUUGAGGAAGGCAUCUCACAGCUACAUCACUGUGAGCCAUAUACAAAUUGGUGCCAGGAAAAAUACUCCCAAACUAAACCCAAGAUGCAAAGUUUGGUUCAGUGGGGAUUAGACAGCUAUGAAAAUCUCCAAAAUGCUCCCCCAGGUUUUUUUCCAAGACUUGGUAUUAUUGGUUUUGCUGGUGUUGUUGGACUCCUUUUCACUAGAGGUUCAAAACUAAAGAAGCUGGUGUAUCCACCUGGCUUCAUGGGAUUAGUAGCCUCUAUCUAUUACUCACAACAAGCUAUCAUGUUCAUCCAGGUCAGCGGGGAGAAAUUACAUGAUUGGGGCUUACGCGGAUACAUAGUCAUAGAAGAUUUGUGGAAGGAGAACUUUCAGAAGCCAGGAAAUGUGAAGAGUUCACCUGGAAAUAAGUAGAAAACUCCGUGCUCGGCCCAUUUUUAUCAGUUGUAGGAAAUGCUGGAAACUCCAGAGAGUAAAUCAGUAUUUCUACCAAAAAGUGGCAAAGGCAGUACUGAAUGCAGAAAACUAGCUUUCU